AUGGCGGAGCAGCAUGACAGCGGCUCGGAGCGCGAGGACGUGGAGCGGAUCGUGCGCAGCGCGCCCAAGCGCCUAGGCCAGGACGCCAAGCAGCCCAAGAAGGAGAAGGCCAAGCCCGUCAAGCACGCGGCCAAGUACACGCGCGGCGGCAACCUGUCGCAGCACCGCAUCCGCAACAUCCGCGACAAGAAGCUCAAGGGCUCGCUACUGCGCGCGCAUGAGAAGCAGAAGCUGGCGGCCGAGUCCGCCGCCAAGUCGGAGAUCCUGCUGCCCGACCAGGUGGGCUUCCUGGAGGCGGAAGGCCUCGAGAAGACGUACAAGUUCACGCAGAAGCAGCUCGCGGACAACGUGGACCUCAACACGGCGCGCAAGAUCUUCAGCCUGGACCUGCCCGACUACGGCUCGUACCGCGUCAAGUACACGCGCAACGGGCGCAACAUGCUGCUCGGCAGCCAGAAGGGCCACCUGGCCAUGAUGGACGCGCUGCGCAUGAAGCUCACGUGCGAGUUCCAGGCCAACGACCUCGUGCGCGACAUCAGCUUCCUGCACAACGACUCGCUGUUCGCGGCAGCGCAGAAGAAGCACGUGUACAUCUACGACAGCACUGGAGCCGAGGCGCACUGCAUCCGCACGACGCCCGAGCCGCGCAGGAUGGAGUUCCUGCCCUACCACUUCCUGCUCUCGACGGUGAGCGGCAACGGUUUGCUGACCUACCACGACGUGACAGAGGGCAAGCAGGUGUCGACCCACCGCACCAAGCAGGGACUGUGUGACACGAUGGCGCUGAACCCGUGGAACGCCGUCGUGAACCUUGGCCACGCGAGCGGUAUCGUCACGCUCUGGACGCCCAACAUGUCGGACGCUGUUGUCAAGAUGCAGUGCCACCAGGGACCGAUUCGUUCCCUCGGCAUCGACUCCAGCGGAAAGUAUCUCGUCACCGCUGGUGCGGACAGGAAGGUGAAGAUUUUCGACCUGCGCAAGUACCAGGAACUGAACAGCUACUACCUGACGGCGGCGGCCAACACGAUGAGCGUGAGUCAGCGCGGGCUGGUGGCAGUGGGCUUCGGGCCGAACGUGCACGUGCUCAAGAGCGCCUUCUCGUCGGGCUCGCCCAUCCGACCAUACAUGACGUACCAGGUGCCGGGCUCGUUGGUGAGCUCGCUGGCCUUCCGCCCGUUCGAAGAUGUGCUGGGUGUCGGCCACGCCAAGGGCUUCAACUCCAUAGUGAUUCCUGGCUCGGGUGAGCCCAACUUCGACACGUACGAGGCCAACCCGUACGAGAACCACAAGCAGCGUGACGAGUCUGAGGUGCGCUCGCUGCUGGAGAAGAUUCGUCCGGAGAUGAUCACGCUCGACCCGAACGCCAUCGGUCGCGUGGACAUGGACCCGGCCGAGGAGCAGGAGAGGAAGAUCUACCAGAUGCAGCGCGCGAACGGAGAUGCCAACGCCAAGAAGCCCAAGAAGAAGAUGCGCGGCAAGAACCGUCCGUCUCGGCGACUGCGCAAGAAGCAGCUGAACGUCAUCGACACGCAGAAGCAACAGUUCCGCGAGCAGCUAGCCAACAAGCAGAAACGCCAGGAGAGACAGGAGCAGCAGCGCGAGUGGACUGAAAAAGCCGAGAGCGCACCCACGGCGCUCAACCGGUUCUUCAAGAAGUAGAUGCAUUCCACACUGUAAUACAAGCAGGCGGCCGCUUUCAUUAGACGC